AUGUCCAUCACCAUUCCUACAGGCUCAUAUGUUAUCAUGAACGCCACGACGCACACCUACUUGAAUGUGUUGAAUUUCGAGGGUGUUCCGGGUGACAUCGUCAAUAGUGUUGGAAAUCGCUUAGGAAAUGACAUCUGGAACGUAGCGAACACCGAAUCGUGUGGGGUGACCAUACAGUCCUUUGGGACUGGCGCGUUCCUCUCUUUCGACCAGUCAAACAAAACCGACAGCGUUGCUGGCAGCGUCGUCACCAGCUACUCGAUUUAUCCGUGGAGUCUCCAACAAAGUACCGCAGUCCCGUAUGCAUGGAAUAUCGUGGACAAGUGCACCGGCAAAGCGCUGGCUGUACAAAACGACUCUAUCGCGAACGGGGCACAAGUUCUUGAGGAUGAUAAUAUAAAUAACCCAAGCCGAGCUUGGUUGUUCAUCGCAAAGGAACCCAUACCUGGUACCAACUAG